AUGCAAAUUUUCAUUAAGACCCUUACUGGUAAGACCAUCACCCUCGAGGUUGAAGGUUCUGAUAACAUUGAAAAUGUUAAAGCCAAAAUCCAAGAUAAAGAAGGUAUCCCACCAGAUCAACAAAGAUUAAUCUUUGCCGGUAAACAAUUAGAAGACGGUCGUACUCUUUCCGAUUACAAUAUCCAAAAAGAAUCAACUCUCCACUUAGUCUUAAGAUUAAGAGGUGGUGGUGGUAAAAAGAAGAAGAAGAAGACCUACGCUACCCCAAAGGUUCUCAAGAGAAAAUUAAGAAAAGUUAAAUUAGCCGUCCUCAAAUACUACAAAUUCGACGAAAACGGUAAAAUCAAACGUGUCUUAAGAGAAUGUCCAGCUGAAACCUGUGGUGCUGGUGUCUUCAUGGCUCAACAUGCUAAUCGUCAAUACUGUGGUAAAUGUCACUCAACUUUAGUUAAAAAAUCCAAAUAA